CAGACGUACUGACGUGGCAGGGACACGUCACGUUGACGUGCGGUGUGGUACGUCCAUUCAUCUCUCCUAACCUAGGUCGUGUAUACCGAACAUUUUUGAAUUUUCAGGAGUAUUUUCGUAAUUUCUCUCCCUACGGUGCGGUUUAAAUUGCAGAAGACAUUCCGGAUCAUUCCUGACGCCCGCCGCUUUGUUUUAGAAAGACGACUAAACACUAGCAAAGGUGUAGUCUGGUCUGCAGCACGAUGAAUCUUGGUUCUAAAAACAAAAAGCGGGUGGUUCUGCCCAGCCGUCCCGAGCCCCCCACUGUGGACCAGAUCCUGGAGGACAUCAUCAGAGCCGCCCCCAGUGACCCGGUCUUUAGCAUCCUGGAGAAGACUGGACAAAACUGGUCCCGGGCAGACGGUGAUGUGGACCAGAGGUUCCGGCAGUGUGCUCAGUAUCUGGACCUGACUGAGCGACUGCAGGAGGCUCGGGGCAGGCUGCAGCAGCAGAGGGAGGAGCUGCGAGCGGCGGGGGAGCGGCUGCAGAGCGAUGUGGCAGAGGUCAGAGGUCAAACUCUCUGACCCGUCUCUGUCAGAGACUCUCCUCUGCUUCUCUGCUUGGACUUUCAGUUCAGAGGGAUGCUGGUUCAGCUAGAUCAGUCAGACCUAUCUAAGUGCCCUUUAGCCAAACAGCCCAGUGUAGGAGCUCCUGACCUCUGGAUGCAUGUGAGGGUUGUUGCUGAUGGUAAGAGUGAAUAGAAUGAAGGUAAUCAGGCUGAGAUCUUGACUGAUACAAUAGUCACAGCCAUUAUCAAUUGAAGUUGCAGUUAACUCCUUCUAUCAAUACUAGAAAUACUGACAUAAAUCACAAACAAUUACUAAAUAAAUUGGGUUGAUUUCUACUUUUGCUUUUCCGGUGUACGAGCUUAAAAUCGUAUGAUUAUGAUGAUUACUUAAUUUUUUUUCUGGGAAGUCGUUGUGUUUUUAGGAGGGACAGGACAUGGCAAUGUCACACCACACCACUGCUGAGUCUCUGCUCACCGUCAUCUUGGAUCAUAACAUCAAAAAAGGCGAGCGACAUUAAAGCAGCAGUCAUAAAGUUUGGUAUAUCAGUUUGCUGCUUUAGUAAAUAUCAAACUGGUUCUGGCAUUUGUCAUGCUAUGACGGACAGCUAACACAUUCUCAUACAGAGUCUUUAAUAGUUGACAUAGGGUGUGAUUAUACUCAAUCAAAAAUAAAUGUAGCAAUUUUAGCAUUUGUUGUUAAUCAGAUCUAUGUACAGUUUUGCAAUGUGUUUCGACUGAGUGUAGGGUCAAUAUUUGCCUUGUUUUCUUCACCAGGUUCAGUCGUGUAAAUUCCCAUAUCUCAUUGUUUUCCUAAAUUAUUCUGUACAAGAAGUGAAGUUUCUAAAUUUUCCACAAAGUGCAAAUGUUAAACAUUCUCAUCCUGAGCUCUGAGGUGUACAGACCGGAUGAAGGUUUUUGCAGCAUCAAACCUCUCUGGUGCUGAGGAGCCUCCAUUGUUUUGAAUUGUCUGGUGCAGUUAAGAGGGCGACACGUGUUAUUGCAUAUUAACAUUUUUUUUCUCAGGUCCAUAUAAAGUUUUAACCAGGUUUUUCUUGCAGUGAUUUAUUUGCAAAUCAGAUCUUCACCAUCUCCUUCCUGUAAGUGAUGAAUGACUAAACCUGCAGCUAUUUGAAGCUAUCAUGAGGCUUCAGCAGCCUAAGGUUACCAAAUAUAAUCAAGUAUAUAAUAUAUGUAUUUAUCAUUCAAGCUUACAGUGCUUUUAGUGCAUGCAUCUCUCAUGGUCUGCCUCGUCUAUACUGCUGAAGCCCUUUUCAAUAAAUAAACUUGUAUUUUUUCAUUAAA